AUGUCGAAAUGGCCCAACCUCUUCCUCGUCAUCAUCUCUAUCCCGCCCAGUAUCUUCUUUGUGACGUGUCUGUUUGUCGCGCUGACCUUUGUCAUUAGCAAGAUCAAGUGGAACAAGUUUGAUAUGCGAUGGGUAAGGUCGUCGAUUCGCGUCAACUUGGUCAUGCUCAAUUUCCUCUACCUGCCACUCUGCAUCUACAUCUUGCAAAACUACUCGUGCACCUAUGACGAAAACACCGACCAGAGUUACAUGUCCUUCUUCCCCUGGAUUUCUUGCAGUCACGAUGCCAACUACCAAGACAUCUUCAAGGUGACCGUCUCCAUGACCGUGCUCUACAUCAUCGGUAUCCCCGCGCUCUUUGCCUACUUGCUAUUCAACAAUCGUAAUCGGUUGGACGACCCCAACGUACUCAUCGUCGUCGGCUCCAUCUACAUAGACUACCGUAAAAAGGUGUGGUGGUACGAGUUGGUUGGUCUGGCCCGUCGUUUUGUCAUGGCCGUUUCCCUUGCACUCAUUAACCCCAAGAGUUCAUUUUCAGUGUUUGUCGUAUUGCUCGUGAUUGGCAGCUCCAUCAUCUCACAGUUAUGGGCACGUCCAUUCAUCUACCGUAUCUCCAACUUUACCGAACUCCUUGGUAACAGUGUCCUCCUAUUUGCCUAUAUUUGUGUGCUCAUCCUCUCGUCGCUCAAGUCGUCCUACCAAUACGACGCGAUCGGUAUCGAGGUCAUCCUCUCCAUCGUCAUUGUCAUGUACACUGUCUACCUCGGUAUCAUCUUCCUCUUCUCCCUCAAGUAUUUCCUACCCAAGCGAUACCAACUCGCCUUUGACAAUUGGUUCAUCAAACGACUCGAAGAUGUCAAGUUGUGGAAGAUGCAAUACGAUCAACGCAACCAAAUCGAUCCCGACGACGAACAAGGUUACGAACCCAAAGAAAAGAUCGAUCCCCUCUUUACACGUUCUGCCACCCAACAAGUUUUUGAACUCAAACAACGUCGUCUCACACAAUCCACCGAUUUUAGUGUCUCUGACAACAACAACACUCAUACACCCGGAGAAUCACCCGUUUUAAAACCUUAUAAAAGUGAACCAAAUUUUAAUAAUCUCCUUGACACUACUCCAAAUCCAAAUAGUAAUCAAAAUAACAACAAUAAUAAUAAUAAUCAAAAUAACAAUAUUCCAACAAAUCAAAACAAUAAUAAUAUUAAUCAAAGGAGAAAUUCAUAA